UUCCCCUUCCUUCCCCUGAAUUCGGUACAAUACAACUACACACACACUAGCACGCGCCUGCAACACGUCAAAAAGCAUUUUUCUCCUGUUUCCGCGAGAUUUAGCUUUUUUGUUUGGAUUUUUUUGUAUCUUCAGCCGCUUGAUUGGAGUUUGAUUUUGACCAUCGCCGACCGGGAAGAUCUAACGGUCAAAAGUGUGGUAAGCGCAAUCCGUACCCGUGCAUUCCAGCGCGCGCGCCAUCCGGCAGGCCCGCUUUGCACGGUGCCGGAACGUACGUCCCAAACAAAGGACUCGUUCCUCGGGCAGCAGAGACUAGCGGCGCGGGGUCUGGCUGCGCUGGGAGAGAGGGUGAUCGCGUAGGGGAAGUAGGACGCGCACGUCCAACACCUGCCGGCAGGAUAUAACGGUCACGGCUGUAACCGAGGUACCAUCGACUGAUGACGCAGUGACGCCACUGGUCGGGUUUUUGUUGUAAACAUAUGCAAACAAGGAUUCAGGCCCGCACCACCGGGAACAUUAUCCGAUGGAAUCAAGCAACUACGAAGAGCUCGGAGUGAUUGGCACAGGGGCCUACGGUACCGUAUACCGAGCACGGGAUCUGAAAAAUUCCGGCACGAUCGUCGCACUGAAGAAGGUCCGUGUAGCGCUCACGGAGGAUGGCGUCCCGAUGUCAACGUUGCGGGAAAUUUUUAUGCUCAAACAGCUCGAUACGUUCGGGCACCCGAAUGUGGUAAAACUCCUGGAUGUGUGUCAAGGGCAGCGGCUAGAGCGCGAAGGGCAGCUGGUACUGUUCCUAGUAUUUGAACAUCUCGAUCACGACCUGUACGAGUACAUCAAGCGCCUGCCUCCGAAGGGCAUGUCACCCGGCACUAUUCAGCGGCUGUCGCGCGAAAUGCUCACCGGUAUCGAUUUCCUGCACUCACACCGCAUCAUCCACCGCGACUUGAAGCCCCAGAAUCUCCUCAUCUCGAGCGAUGGCCACCUGAAGCUGGCCGACUUUGGGCUCGCGAAAACGUACGACUUUGAGAUGAAGCUAACGACGGUGGUGGUUACGUUGUGGUACCGUGCGCCGGAGGUACUGCUCGGCGAAGCGUACGACAGCUCGGUGGAUAUCUGGAGCGCGGGUUGCAUCAUUGCGGAAAUGUUCCAGCGGAAGGCACUAUUUCCCGGAACGGCGGAAGGCAAUCAGCUAGAGAAAAUAUUUGAAUUAACCGGUCGCCCAUCGGAAGCACAGUGGCCGAGAGGGAUCUCGAUCGUGCGGGAAAACUUUCGCUCUACCCAGCGGCGAGAACCGCGCGAAUUCUGCCCCAAACUGUGCGAUAAUGCGAACGAUCUCUUGAAAAGCAUGCUUGCGUUUAACCGUCACGAACGGCCAUCCGCGAGACAGUGUCUAAAUCAUGCCUACUUCACACAGGAACCGAUGCCGACGUAAGGUACGGGAAGCAACGGGAAAGGAUUAAAGCAAAAGUAAGCAGUCACAUAAACGCCUUUAACAUGGGUAAGGACGAAGCAGAAAGGCAAAUGCAUGAAAAAUCACACCCGGAAGUAGGGGCGGAUUAAGCAAGCAGAAUGGAAGUGGAAGGCAUGGAAUCUGCUGACUGGGUGCAGAGAGUCAGCAGUGCUAAGCAGAGACAUUAUUCGAGGUUCGAGGCCCCCCUAAAUGAUCGAGACUCUCAGGACGCCACAAACUGCUUGUACGAAGACAGUCCUUUGUCGUAUCUGCUGUCCUUAAGCCUCCAAACCUCCUGUCUACCUACCUACCUACCUACCUACCUAGAACUAGUGCCUAGUAACCGACUGCCAACGAAAAUUUAUACUGCUACUACUACUACCGUACGAUCUUAUGAUAAUAUUUGGUAUUUCCGCAACACCGCCACAGCCAUGUUUUUUUUUUUGUUUUUUGCUCGAUAUUGUUAGGUUGUAAGUAAGGAGCAGGAGACAAGCAUUGAAAGCUACACAAAAAAAAACCCAAAAACCCAAUGACACCAUCCAGCCACCGCACUAGUGGGAUCGUGUUGGUAGCAAACGACUUAAAUUUUCGAUUUCCAAACGGCAAAGCAAAAGAAAACACACGAUGGAUUUCAUGUUAGCGUUACUUGUACUGUUGUUUAAAUUGAACUUUUUCUUUAUUUUUUUUGCCCGGCAUUUUCUUAUUUUGCGCCAUAGAUCGUAAGCGAAGGUAUACAAUGAAGUGAAUUUUAUCAAAUUAGUUUAAUAAAACCGAAAUGCAAUUCUUGAA